AUGACCUCUUUGCUUUACACCAACGGUGGUGGAGGAACCCGUCCCACUACUCGAAUUGGUGUGACCAUCGGCUUCGGCACUCGGAUCGGUAUGGGGUUCAAGAGUGUGAUGAUCGGUAUAGGCAGGUUGCUCGGGUGGGGGCAUGCAAAAAAAAAAGCCAUACCCGAUCCAAACCCCCCACCUACCCUCCACCUUCUACCACAUCGCCACCGGAGAAGCACCCUAGGACGCCGUCGCCCCACCCACCUUCUGCCGCGCUGCCCCGCCCGCGUCCACCUUCUGCCGCGCCGCCAGAGCACCACCCUGGCCGCCGCCGCGCCCCGCCCAACCCCCGUCCACCUUCUUACAAAGCCGCCACCGGAGCACCACUCCCGCCGGCACCAUGCAGUCCAGUACGUGGGGGCACGCAGCACGCCCCACCAUCGCCUUGCAGUCCAAAGUCCGGAUUUCUUGCUGUUGCGUUGCGUGCAGCGACAAGGAGAAGCCGGAUCCAUCAGCCUCGUCUCCCGCUACCUGAGAUUCAGUCUCAAAGUCCUGCGCCGCAUCAAUGUUUCUUCCUACAUAUGGUCUGCUGGAAACAUUAGGAUAAAAAGAGUACUCUCGUUCCGAGUGACAACCACAAAAAACAGUUCCCUACCACUGAGGAGAGCUUCAUCCCUCGCACGCACACCUCAAGAUAAUAGCACAACUGGAAAACUAUUCUCAUUGGUGUGCAGCAGACAAACUAUUUCGAAAGAUGGCACAGCUCACAUGAUCGACAUGCUCAAGGCGGCGCUUGCAGGGCGGCACUCACGGCCGAGCAGCGAACCCAGCUACCGACCAGAGGGCACCAAGGCCUCAUCAUUCACAUAUGACCAGGACGGCAAAGAGCGUGCUGUGGCCGAGAUCAAUUUUCUCAGCCUCACAGACUAUGUGGGCCCCAAGCAGAAGACCGGCUGGGGAGUGGCUGCUCUGUGGAGCGGCAACAAGUCCAUGUAUACCUUGAUGAAUGUCCUGCAAAUGCUGAAUAGCAACCAGAGCUUUGUGCCAUACAGGCAGAGCAAAGUUACUCGUAUUCUCUGCAAGACUCUUUGUUCAAGACGAGCGGGGCUGUGGUGAUUGCCUGCUUGGAAGAAGUUCGUGCAGUCCAAAAAUCAAAGGCGUGCGUCCGUACAAUCCAAAAAUCGAAGGCGUGCAGUGCAGUAGAGCACCAGAAGCAGUGUCCAAAAUAGCCCCCUCGAUCCCGUCUAUCUGCCGACGACAACUACUCACAUGGCGCUGCUUCCUGGAUAUGCCGUGCAGUUCAGCGGCAUGGUCGUGCAAUCCGAGGCAUGUGUUGUCACGGAUCGCGGGCUUGGGCAUGUGGUGCAUGCAGUGCGGCGUGUGGGUGUGUGCAGUGCUCAACGAUGGCCAUGGAGCACCGAACGACAAACACCACCUCCCCACCACUGUGUCGAUGGCCAAACUCGGAGAAACCCCCCCUGUGCAGUGCGGCUCUAGCUGUUCUUGCGCCGGUCAAAAGGGUGAAGAAAAGCCGGGGUCAAUGCCACUCUACCGCUUGCAGUGCACUUCAUCUCGUGUGUGCGUGCAGUGCAGAGGAGGACAUGUGCUUGCAGUUGAGAGCGUGUGUGUGUGCAGUGCGCCUGUUUUGGUCCACUUAUUCAUUUUUUGUACAACAGAGAGAAAAACAAACACAUCAGAAGUUCGUUUACUUUUCAUUAAAGAAAACGACAAUCAAAGAUGCAGUUCUUUUA